UCCACGUAAACAUAGUCGUCGUCAACAAGCUACUUGUGCUCUGUAUGAGACGUUUCUUAGGGAUGAUUUGGAACAAUGUUUCUCUGUGUUGGAGCCCAAGGAACGAGAUAUUCUUUGCUUGCGAUAUGGUUGGGAGGAUGGCGAACCUAUGACUUUAAAUGAAAUAGGUUGUAUAUUUCAAUUGACAGAAGAAGGAGUUAGAAGAAUAGAAAGACGAGCUCUAACCAAGAUUCGAAAAUGUGCACAAGUGGAAACUUUAAAAUUUUAUUGAUUUUAGAAUCAAUCAUUCUCAUAUUGGCCCUUUGAGUUGCAAUGAAGACGUCCGCAACUGGCAGUUUAAAGUUAUCGGGUUUUGUAUCGACCGCCCCUUUGUGUUUGGAAACAAGCUUAAAUAAAGGAACGCUUGAAAGAUGCGAGAAUAUUUACAGGAAAAGCUUUAUUGGUUGUCUUCAUCCUAGAUGUGCUUUGAAACGUCGUCCUUCCUCCUUGCAGGUAAGGAAACUAGACUCUUAUAAGAGACCUGUUUACUUUCUGUCGUCAGACUUGGAAAAUGCUUUCCCCCCUAGUGCUGGAGAAGAAACAAAACUUGGUUAGUGAAGUGACUGAAUUGCUGAAUCGUUCUUCUGUCAUCAUCUCGUUUCCAACGGAAGGGUAUACGCAUAAAGAACUUAGUGACUUGAGGCGUAAACUUGCUGAGGCGAAGAUAAAAGUAGUAAAAAAUACUUUGAUGAAAAGAGCAAUAGAGGGAACUCCUUUUCAAGCUUUGCAAUCCAAUUUAAGUGGAACAAACGCUUGGUUGUUUUUAUCUGGGGAUUUUAAGCCUUUUAUAGAGCAGUUUGAAACCGCGAAUCAAGAAAAUAAGAAAGAAGUUACCUUUAGAUAUGGAGUUAUAGACACUUAUGUUUUUUCGGGAGAUGAGUUGAAACGAGUGUUGCAGUUACCUUCCAAGAAGGAGUUGAUUGCGCAGAUUGCUUUUGCCAUUCAGUCGGUGCACACUCAAUUGGCAGCUUCUAUUCAUCAAGUUCCAACGAAACUAGCAAGAGCUAUUCAUUUAGCCAAAGGAUUGGAUGAGAAAAAGGAAGAUGAAUCUUCUGAAUAAAUAUAUUUGGUUGUUCUCAGUAAACU